UAAAAGGAAGAUAAUUCUUGAAUCCUAUGAAAUAGAAUCCUGAAUAAUGAAGUAUUUAAAGCUGUGAACAAUUGAUGUGUGGGGUGUUGUAAAAUUCUAUCGUAUUUUCUUAAAUCCAAAUUAGGAAAAGAGGAUUUCGCGGAAAUUGUGAUAAAUAUAUGUAUUUUAUCUACACUGUACGUGAAAGGUAACCAGUAAUUAUUACAAUGUGCCAUUUUUUUGGUUUAGGGAAGAAUUCAUUAUCAAUCACCGGCCGAUACAGACCCUUUGACGCGCUUUCCUGAGUCGAUGAAGGGUGAAGACUCGAAUCAAACCUUUCCAUCUUUAUUUCGAGUUCUUCAAGCCUUGUUCUUGUAUGCUCAUCAAACAUUAGAACUACACAACGAAAUGGGUUUGAACACUGGCUCUCAAAUACGACUACAAAGUAUCAAACGACUCUUGGUACAUAUCAUGUGCAGGGUGUACAAGAUAGAGGAUAUUCCGAGUGGGACGCAGAUACGAGGUGUUUGUCUAAGUACUCACCCAAUGCAUACACAGUCAAUUUUAGGAAUGUUUGACAGGAUGCUAGGACAAGUUUAUAUCAGAAAAAGGCGAAAACGAAGCUACAGGACUAAAGUGUUCCGGGAUGGAAAACAGAAAUCUGGAAAAGUGAGGAACAGGAGUAAAACAUCGGGAUGAUUUGUAUAGUAAUGACUGUAACCCAAAGUAAAUGUGUUCAACGUUUUCCCCAUCAUUUUUUAAAAUCCAUAUUGAUUUGUGUGUUGUAUAUAUUACAUUUUUCCUUUGUAUUUUUGUGCCUUGUAAUAUGAAGGAUAACUGCCGAACUUUUUUAUGCCUAUGUGAUUAAAUCACAUCAAUGGUUUGUUUAGUUUUUAUACAUGUUUAAAAUAUUUAUUAUUCUUUGGAUCAAAAUAAAAAUGUAUUUCUUGUA